CAACCCUGCUGGAGAGAGAAAUUGAAGGAGCAAACGGGAUCUACGGAUGCUGAAGAGCGGGAGGUUGGGUCGACUCGACCGAUAAGUUUCACAUUUAGAACAAUCUCUGAGACAUUUAUUUUGCAGAUAGUUCAUUGUUGGAGUUAGAGUAACAGAGAAGCUGUAUCGUAGUUGUUUAUUGACAGGAAACGAGGAGCUAAUUUAUUAGGGUGAGUUGCUAGCCAGCUAACGUUAGCUUGCUAGCAUCCAAGCGCGAGAGCAGAAUCCGCACCGACGCACUAUCAUCCUUGGAUGCACAACAUCCGAGCCGUGCAGCCUCUGUGCGCGAGGAAAUAUUCUGGUUAUAUUGACAAGAACUGGCCAUCACCAGUAGCUUCCAGGAUGAGUGGUGAUGAGAUGAACCCAGCAGCAGUGGCCCAGGCAGUGGAGGAUAUACAGGGAGACGACCGCUGGAUGUCCCAGCACACGCGGUUUGUUCAGGAGUGUAAGGACGCAGAGCCAGAGGUGCUGUUUAUUGGAGACUCCAUGGUGCAGCUAAUGCAGCAGUACGAGAUCUGGCGGGAGCUCUUUUCUCCUCUGCACGCGCUCAACUUUGGCAUCGGGGGAGACACCACCUGUAAUGUGCUGUGGAGGCUGCAGAAUGGAGAACUGGACAACAUUGGGCCCAAGGUGACGGUGGUGUGGGUAGGAACCAACAAUCACGAGCACUCGGCAGAGCAAGUUGCAGGGGGAAUCCUUGCCAUUGCACAACUGCUCACCUCCCGUCUUCCUAAGACUAAGGUUGUUAUUCUGGGUCUGUUGGCACGGGGCGAGCGGCCCAACCUGCUGCGGGAGAAGAAUGUGGCGGUGAACGGCUUCCUGCGCUCCUGGCUGCCGCGGCUGGGCCAGACCCAGUUCCUGGAUGUGGGGGCGGGCUUUGUGCACUCUGACGGGACCAUCUCCACCCGGGACAUGUUUGACUUCCUGCACCUGACAGCAGCAGGCUACCGGGCCAUCGCCAAGCCCCUCAGUGACCUGCUGCUGCAGAUACUGGAGGAGACGCCUGAGGAGAAGAGGGCCUCGCUGGUCUGAGGGCCACAGCCCAGGGGCCACACACCCACACAGCCAGGGGCAUGCCUCACUCAUUCACUCUGCUGGGGAGUAGCUGGAAUUUGCCCCAAUCAACUAACCAGGAUCUGGUCCUAGAUAUGUUCUAGAUCUGAACUGUCUUAGAUCUGUUCUAGAUCUGAUCUGGUACUAGAUCUGAUCUGGACUUAGAUAUGUCCUAGAUCUGAUCUGGUCCUAGGUCUGUUGUUAGGGGCAAGAUCUGUGGCAACUUCUACCUCUACUGGGAACGGGAGGGGGGAUAGUCAGGGGUGAGGCAUGCUCCUGUCUAUUGAGAAGGGGUCAGAUCAAGAUGUCACUCACAUGAGGGGGCCAAUCAGAGAGAAUGGGCACUCAUAUGAGUGGAACUGGAACUGCAGGAACGGAGGGGGAGUGCAUGGGUUCAUGUGCAUGUGUGCGGGGAGACGGAGUUGACGGUGUGGAGAGGUGAAAGAGAGCGAGAGACAACAAUACUUCCAGAGACAUCGUACACUCUGUAGCAGCAACAGUAGCACUUGGAGUCAGAGAGAGAUCUAAUACCAGGAGGAUAGAGAGAGAUGGGACACCUGCACAAGCUACAUAGAGAGGCUAAUGACAAACAUGCAUAGACCCUGAGAGAGAGAGAGAGAGAGAGA